AUGGACCUUGCAGGCCGCCCGUCCCUGGAACGCAGCGCGUCCGGCCUGACAGCCCCGCUGCUGCCGAGCCACCACGCCCCCAACGUGUUUCCCGCGCCAGCCGGCCCAGGCACCUAUGUGCCGCCCCCCUCUGAACCAGCCGCCGCCAGCACUACAGUGCACGCCAGCUUGGCUGCGGAGCCCGUGACUGCAGACGCUGCCGUCCUCCUGGGCAUCGGCCCGGAUGGGGCAGCUGCAGGGGUUGACAGCGGCAGCAAGCCGGUGUCAGCGUCUGGUCGUGCCCCGCAGGACCCCCGCGUGACUGCAGUGAUCUAUGGGAUCAUCAACGCCGUGGUCGGACUGCCCUGCAUGAUCGGGUUUGCGGCCGUCAUCUUCUCA